CAAAAACUCAAACUCUAAACAAAAUGACUCGCUCCUCUAGACUACUUGGUGCGGCGGCGCCACCGCCGGAAGAAAUCCUUGCUACCGAAACCGACAUGGUUGUCAUCCUCUCAGCUCUUCUCUGCGCGCUCAUAUCUGUAGCAGGUUUAGCCGCCGUAGCUCGCUGCGCUUGGUUCCGCCGUCUCCUUGGCGUUAAUUCUAUCACCACCGGAGAAUCUCCUCCACCGAACAAAGGCCUCAAGAAAAAUGCACUUCAAGCUCUCACUAAAUCCACUUACACCGCCUCUGCCUCCACCACUACAGACGAUUUACCGUGCUCUUCCGGCGACAACGGUGAUUCCUCCACCGAGUGUGCAAUCUGCUUGACGGAAUUUUCUGACGGCGAAGAAAUCAGAAUCCUACCCCGCUGUAGCCACGUUUUCCACGUAGCGUGUAUUGACAAAUGGUUGACUUCAAGGUCAUCAUGUCCUUCUUGUCGUCGGAUUUUGGUUCCGGUGAAGUGUAAUAGGUGUGGCCGCAAUGCUUCCACGGCGGAGACUUAGAUCAAAGAUCAACUUCCUCAUCAUAACCAACAUCCUUCACAGUUCACUUCCGCGAUUAUUCCUGCUUUUCUUCCUUGAAAAGUUCACUUUCUUUUACUUUUUAAUUUGCAGAGAUAUAUCCGUAUGAUUAAAAUAAAGUAUUAAUUAUUUA